AUGGCACCGUCAUCGUCCACCCAAGCCAAGCUCACAGACAGUCUUUUGUGCUCGAAACCUCAUCGACUCGACAUCCCCGCACCACCACCACCACCACCGCCCAUGGCCGACCCCGUCAUCGACUCGUUCGCGGGUAUGAAGAAGAAGAAGAAAAAGGUUGCCCUCGACCUCGACAACGAGGCUCCUGCGCCUGCUGCUGAGGCCCCCGCUGCCAGCUCCUCGUCGGCCCCUGCCGAGGAUGCCCCUGCCCCUGCCGCCGCCGCUGCUUCCGACGAGAAGCCUGCUGAGGAGGGUGACAUGUUUGCCGACCUGAAGAAGAAGAAGAAGAAGUCCAAAAAGGACAUUCCCCUCGACCUCGACAACGCCGAGUCCCCCGCCGCCACGGGAGACGACGUCCCCAUCGUGAAGAAGAAGAAGAAAAAGCCUGCCGCCGACUUCGCCAAGGAGCUCGACGAGCUUGAGGCUGAGAAGAACGAGGAGGAGGGCGGCGACUUUGGUGACGAUGUGUUCAAGACGUCUGGCGAGGGAGCAGGUGCCGAAGGAGGUGUGGACCCGUGGGUCGCCGAGGGCCGUGACCCCAGCUACAACGAGCUUCUGAAGCGAUUCUUCACGCUCCUCCACGUCAACAACCCGGAGCUUGCCGGCGAGAAGAGGCGAUUCACCAUUGUUCCUCCCCAGGUGACGCGUGAGGGAACCAAGAAGACGUCGUUUGCCAACUUUGUCGACAUUUGUCGCCGUCUGCACCGUCAGCCCGAGCACGUCCUCAUGUUCCUGUACGCCGAGUUGGGUACGCAGGGAUCGAUGGACGGUGCGCAGCGCCUAGUGCUCAGGGGACGGUUUAACCAGAAGCAGAUCGAGAACGUGCUCCGCAAGUACAUUGUCGAGUACGUGACGUGCAAGAUCUGUCGGUCGCCCGACACGCUGCUUGGAAAAGAGAACCGUCUCUACUUCCUCACCUGCGAGAGCUGUGGAUCGAGGCGUUCCGUCCAGGCCAUCAAGUCUGGUUUCCAGGCCCAGGUCGGCCGCCGCCCCAAGGCCCCUUAG